ACGGGACGGGACGGGACGGGUCGCGACGGGACGGGUCGGGACGGGACCGGCGGCCGUCGGGGGCCGAGCGGGGCGGCGAGGCGGGCAGGACGGGUGCUUUGCAACGCUUCGGCCCCUAUUGUUCGGCCGCCCCGGGAGGCUGCUCCUCGGAGAGGCGUCCGCUUUUCCAUGGAGCUCUCCCUCCCCGCGCUGUAAAUAUCUCAACAGAUGCUCGGCUCGCUCCUAAUCAGCUCGGCUCCUCGGCGGCCAGCGCGGCGGCAGCGGCAGCGGAGCGGCAGCAGGGAAUUAGCGCCGGUUCUGCGGGCUCCCCGCAACAUUUGGCUCCUUUUUCCAGAAAGGAAAGAUGGAAAAGGGGAGGGAUCGCCCGUGAGGCUGACUGACGGUUUACAUAAUGAGCUUGCGAGGAUGCGAGGCAACUAUAUAAACAGCUCGGAGGGAAGCGAGUUUUCCAUUUACCGAGCGCUGUUCGCACCAGUCCAAGGAGGAGCGGUCCAACACUAAGCACUCCCCUUCGCGUCUCUCCCCAAACCCACCCGGCUUUGGAGUUUACAAAGGCGCCAGGAGCGGUCGGAGCUCGGGGGUUGGCUGCAGGAUUUCAUUCCCAGAAGGGGACGGUCUCACCCCACACCUGGAUUUUUACCUCCCGCUUUCUGCCGCUGCUCGGGGAAUACUGGCGAGGGCGGAUCGCGCUGCGAGGGGCGCCCACCCGGACCCUUUGAGGAAUACAGGAGGAAAGCUAAACCCUCGGAGAGCUGGAAGCGCCGCUUCCACGAGGAUGACAGCCUUGCGCAGCUUUGGCUUGACGUUUCUGUUAAUGGUUUUGCAGCAGGGGGUGGCCGGCUCUGGCGUCUUCCAGCUGGAGCUGCACGAGUUCGUCAACAGCCACGGGUCGCUGGCCAGCGGCAAGCCCUGCGCCCCGCACUGCAGGACCUUCUUUCGCGUGUGCCUCAAGCACUUCCAGGCGGUGGUCUCCCCGGGGCCCUGCACUUUCGGCAGCAUCAUCACCCCGGUUCUGGGGACGAACUCCUUCAGCGUCAAGGACACGGAGAAAUUUGACAGCCCCAUCAAGCUGCCCUUUAACUUCACGUGGCCGGGAACCUUCUCGCUCAUCAUCCAGGCCUGGCACGCUCCCGCCAACUACCUGCCGCAAGGCUCCCAGACGCUGCCCGAGGACUUGCUCAUCAGCCAGAUGGCAAUCCAGCGGUCGCUGGCGGUGGGCGAGGACUGGUCGCAGGAUGUGCAGAAGGGCCCACUCACCCAGCUGCGCUACUCCUACCGGGUGGUCUGCAGCGAGAACUACUACGGGGACAGCUGCUCCCGCCUCUGCAAGCGCCGCGAUGACCGCUUUGGCCACUACGUCUGCGAGGCGGACGGCAGCCUGGCCUGCUUGCCCGGCUGGACUGGAGAGUACUGCACCGAGCCCAUCUGUCUGUCUGGAUGUACUGAACAGAAUGGAUAUUGCAACAAGCCAGGAGAGUGCAUCUGUCGUCCUGGCUGGCAAGGCCGCUACUGCGAUGAAUGCAUUCCCCACAUAGGCUGCCGCCACGGGACUUGUAAAACACAGUGGCAGUGCAUUUGUGAUGAAGGAUGGGGUGGCCUCUUCUGUGAUCAAGAUCUGAACUACUGUACUCACCACAGACCAUGCAAAAACGGAGCAACUUGCAUGAACACCGGCCAGGGCAGCUAUACGUGUUCAUGCAAACCUGGCUUUACCGGUGUUGACUGCGAACAUGAGAUCAGCGAGUGUGACAGCAAUCCCUGUAGGAACGGUGGUAGUUGCACGGAUCUGGAGAAUGGUUAUCACUGCCUCUGCCCCCCUGGCUACUAUGGAACUCACUGUGAGCACAGCGCUUUGACGUGUAUCGAUUCUCCAUGCUUUAAUGGUGGCACAUGCUUGGAAAAAGAACAAGGGGCCAGCUACACUUGUGUUUGCCCUUUCGGAUUCACGGGGUCGAACUGCGAAAAAAAAGUAGACAGGUGCACAAGCAACCCAUGUGCAAAUGAUGGUAAUUGCUUUUACCUUGGUCAGAUUCGUGUAUGUCGUUGUCGGGCUGGUUUCUCUGGUCAGAAAUGUGAGAUAAACAUCAAUGACUGUGCCAGGAACCCAUGUUCCAAUGGGGGAACUUGUCACGACCUGAUCAACGAUUACACCUGCACAUGUUUGCCAGGCUAUAGUGGCAGGAACUGUGACAUCAAAACCAGAGACGAAUGUGCUUCUGGGCCAUGUGAGAAUGGAGGCACAUGCUACAGUGGACUUUAUAGUGCCAACUUUGUCUGCUACUGUCCUUCUGGCUUCAUGGGCAGCCGCUGUGAAUUACCAGUUUAUUCAGUGCCCAUUACACUUCCUCCUAAACCAGUCCCCUGGAUUGCCAUAUCCAUGGGAGUGGGGCUGGUGGCUUUGCUCAUACUGUUCUGCAUGAUAGCAAUGGUCAUCAGGCAGAUGAGGAUGCACCCAGAGCAGGACUUGGAGACGAUGAACAACCUGUCUGACUUCCAGAAGGAUAACCUCAUUCCAGCUUCCCAGCUCAAAAACACCAACAAAAAUAAAGACCUCGAAGUGGACUGUGGGCUGGAGAAGUCAAACUACAAACCCAAGAAUCAUAAAUUGGACUACAAUCUGGUAAAAGACCUGACAAGUAGAGGGACACAGGAAGAUAAAUAUUACAAAAGUGAAAAGUGUUUAGGAGACAAGUCUCCACUCCGACUACACAGUGAAAAGCCGGAAUGUAGGAUAUCAGCGAUAUGCUCUCCAAGGGAUUCAAUGUACCAGUCCGUCUUUGUGAUAACAGAAGAAAGGAAUGAGUGCAUCAUAGCCACAGAGGUAUAAGACUGAAGAUCAGCCCAUUUGCACCUCAGAUUUGGUAAUGCCAGUAGAUGGACGUUCCUGCUGCAUUGUUUACAAUUCAGAACUGGAUUGGACUGUUUUUAAUUACAUGCAACUUGCUGCUCUCAGGCGGAGGAUGGAACUGGGUGAACUGGACAGACUGUGAAUUUACUGAAAGAUGCAAUACACCUUUUUGUUCUUAC